GCAGACGUUUCUCCUCGUCGCCCUCACCUCCCCCGCCCUCCUCCUCCACCUUUUCCUCGACGAACCCGCCUUAAAAUGCGCGCAUACGCUGCUCUUGCUCUCGCCCUUGCUGGUGCUGCCUCGGCCGCCGUUUCCACCAACGGUCUGAAGAUCCUUGCGCCUGGUGGCGACAACCUUUGGUGGUUGCAAGGUCAGGAUAACAAUGUCGUCUGGACUUGCAGUCAGAGCCAAAUUCCCCAAUUCACCGUCUGGCUCAACAACACCGACACGGCCAGCACCAUCAGCGCCAUAACCGCACUUAUCUCCGUCGAGCCGAACUACGUUUGCGCUCAGCUCCUCACGGCCAACCUUCUUAGUCGCGCACCCGUCGGCACCGGCUACACUAUUGUACUCACCAGCAUCACCAACGCCACGGAGAUCUACGCCGUCUCUGACCCCUUCGAGAUCAAAGCUCUCAGCGCCGGAUACCCGCCUGCGACCAACACUCCCGUUGACGCAGCGAGUGCCACAGUCAGCAGGGGCAGCGCUUCCGUCGUAACUGGCAAUCCUACCUCCUCUGGCUCUCCUCCCACCAAGAGCAACGCCGCCGUCUCGUCCCGCAAUCUUGGCGUCGCCGGCGUUCUUGGUGCCGCGGUUUUGGGUGCUGCUCGCCUCGCCCUCUAA